GUUCGUGCUCGUCAUGAAGCCAAGCAACUCGCUUUUGGCCAUUGUGGCUCUGCUGGCCCUCUUUGCGUCCAUGGGCAACGCCGACAACUUCUGCAGCAUUUGCGACUGGACUUGCACUAAUGUCGCGCUGUGUGCCGCGAACAUGACAACGGUGCCGACAACGUUUCCGCCAUACGACCCUGAUACCGGGAUUGGCUAUGAUUCUGGCUACCUAUCCUUGUCGCAAACGAAAAUUACAACCAUCCCUGCCAACGCAUUCGCCUCAAUCGCCGACACUCUGACUUACUUGGAUGUGUCGGAUAUGGCACUUGAAUCGAUCGACCCACAGGCGUUCGCUGGCUUGACACGUCUCCAAAUCCUACUACCGAGGCAUAAUCCGCUUCUUUCAACCUUGCCAGCCAAUGUCUUUUCCGGUUUGACUGCACUGACCACGCUAGAUUUGUCGUACACUUCGCUUUCAAGCUGGCCCGCCAAUUUCUUGACCGGUUUGACUGCACUGACCACGCUCACACUUUCGAGCACCCAAAUCACAGCUCUGCCCAGCAAUGCAUUUGCUGGACUUGGCAACCUGCAGGCACUUUACCUUACGGACAUGCCUAUCACUGUCCUCGAUCAAAACGUGUUCGACCCCGUUCCUCUCUUGACAACCCUGUUCGUAUCUUCGGCCCCGAUCUCCGUAUUUCCCCGUUUGAGCCCUCUUUCUCAUCUGACGGCGUUGAUUUUGAGCUCUCCUUCUCUCACGACCAUUCCGGAUUCUGCAUUGGCGACUUUGACCUCACUUCAGAUCUUCGAGAUGGGACUUCCGUUGGCCAGCCUCACCGCCAGCAUGCUUGAGGGACCUGCUUCCUCCCUCACAGCCCUGGGUGUCACCGUCGCGAGCUCCCUCACAGCCGUCCCUGUCGAAGUCUUGGCGACACUUACUUCGUUGCAGCGCCUUUACUGGAGGGAUCCUGCAUUCACCAGCAUCCCAGAUCAUGCCUUUAGCUCUCUUACCAACCUGCAGAUGCUGGAUCUGAACGGCGGCCAGAUGACCUCCAUUUCACCCAGCGCUUUGCAAGGACUCUCUAGUUUGACAUAUCUGAAUCUCGCGCUCAACUACAAGCUGACCAGCCUUCCUGCCACGUUACUCCAGGGCACUCAACUGAAAUUCCUCUAUGCCUCCAACAUGGGCAGCACCUUCCAACUUCCCCCUGGACUGUUCAAGACUCUCACUAUGACUCACGUCUCAAUUGCCGCAUGCGAUGGCCAGUGCGACACUUGCUUUGCGGCUGGAAAUGCUUCGUGUUGCAUGGCAAAUUGCUUGUACUGCAACACAACCUCCACCUGCCAGUACUGCUACACUGGCUACGCCAUGGUAGGUGGUGUCUGCGUGGAGGCAUACACGAGCAUUUCCACGAUAUCUGUCAUGUCCGUCGAGUCCGUCAUGUCCGUCGAGUCCGUCAUGUCCGUCGAGUCCGUCAUGUCGGUCUCCGCCGCUUCUGCUGCAUCUGUGGUUAAAGCUGUCUCGGAUGCAUCAAUUGCCUCGGACGCAUCAAUCGCCUCGGAUGCGUCGUUCGCAGCGUCGACUUCCAGAGCAUUCGUCGCUUCGAUCGAAGCUGCCGCCGACGAUAGCUCCAACACGGUGCCCAUUGCGGUAGGUGCCACGGUCGGUGGUCUCGCCUUCAUUGCACUGGUUGCGACAAUCAUCCUCCUCCGUCGUCGUCGAAGCGCCAAAUCUUCCUCUGGCAGAAUUCUCGAGUCUCAUAGCUCGCAGAGCCAAGUGAACAACAUGCUGUACUCGAGCACUGAACCUCGAAAGGCCAAGGGCAACCCGAGCAAUGUCGAAACAGAGCAUCCGUACGAAGCAUUGAGCGCAAACAAAGGGCUCAGCAACCCCGUGUAUGAGUCCAUCGGCACUCAUCAACCGUCUACUGCGGAUGUGCUGUACGAAAAUGCGCGCAAGGAUGUCCAAACCGAUGGCUCGAGCGUGACCUACGCGGACACUUUGGACCUGGCUUCCAGGAAUGCUGCUCAGCCGCUUUCGGCCUCAACGGUCGAGUACGCCUCCAUUUCGGGCACCGUGUCCAAUUGA